AUGCUGCAACGCCCUUCCUUUCCCUUCUGCGCCGCUUCGCGGUUCGCCCCUCCGUGUCGCCCGCCCGGCUGCGGGAGGUCUGCGGCGCCUGGCGCUGUGGCAGGGGCUUCUGUCGCCGCCGCCCGCGCCGCGAGCGAAGGCCAGAGACACGCGAAGACGACGAAUCCCUUCCGCACUCUCCUGGGUGCCUCUCAGGCUCUCCUUGGCAUGGCGUGCCUGCAGAGGGCGCCAGGCAUCCCGCGAUCGCGGAAUCAACAAACUCCUCUUUCGCUGCUGGGCUCUCCUGUAUGCCUCGCAGUGGCGGCUGCUGCUCACGCCGCACACGCACCUCUCCACUCCUCUUCUUUUGCCCUCAGAGGGGGAACUUCGGGCCUCUGCCUUGCCGGCAAACAUGUUUUUAAAGGUCGAGAAACGUCUCUUCAGAGGCGCCCGUGGGAGACGCACCCUCGCGCCGUCUCUGCCUCUCUAGGCGCCGGCAGCCCGCGGCGAGCCUUCGCAUCUCUCUCGCCGCGCGCGGGUUCCUCUUCCGCUGUCUGCUCCGGGCAGAGCUCAUCCGCUAGUCCUCCUUAUGUUCGCGGGAGCGAGGAAGGAGAGAGAGCGAAAGAAGACCACGCGCCUCGCGCGUGUUCUGCCUUCCGCCUUUUCUCCGCGGGAGGCGUCGCAGCGGUGGCCGUGGGCGUCGGUCUGGGGGUCGCGCGGCGCCAGUGCGAGGCAAGCGGUGCGGAUGCAGCGUCAGGUGAGUGCAUCGCGGAAGGCGAGGGUCCAGACUGCGGAAAGGCGGCGCCCCUAGAGAGCCGCCCGCCGUGGAAGCGAGAAGGCGGAGAAGAGACGCAGAGUAGUUUGGCAAAGGCGGCGGUCUGUGGCACGCGCUCGGGCUGCGGGGCUGUUGCACUUUGUCGAGAAAAACUUGAUAGUGAAGAUCGGAGACAACCGCGAGCAAGCGGAGACGCCGCGGCGACAGACCCCAGCGAUAGAGAGACGAACGCGGCGUCUCCAGCCCCGCGGACAAGGCCGUUGGUGAUUACGAAGGAGAGAUACAUCGAGAAGAAGUUCUCAAAGGCCUCGGAGUACCGGCGCACAAACUCAGGCAUGCGCAUCUGCGAUAAAGAGGAAGGGCGCGGCGACCGCGUCGUUCAGCCCGGCGAUGUCGUGUGGCUUCAGUACGAGGCGCGACGGGCGAGCGAUGACCAGGUUUUCGAGAGCACUUCAUCUGCGCGACUCCCCACUUUCCUUCUCAAGCUGUUUCACAUCCUAGGAGCCCGGCAUGACACCUGCGACACGAUGCCCGAGGGGCCGUAUAUCCGUGCGCGAGUCAGCGGUGUCGAAGCGUCAAGUUCGUCUCUUCCUCCCCGAGCGCAGAGCCGCGCGGAGACAGAUGCGGCCGCGCUCCUCGGUGCUCAGGAGGCAGCAGACGCCGGGCAAGCGAAAUCGGACGCGCGUCUCUCUCGCGGUUCCCCAGCAAAAGGUGACGCCCGACCGAGCUCUACUACCCACCGGGGAGCCGCAGAUGACGUGCCGCGCCCAGUCGCGUUGGAAAAAGGGUUCCAUCAGAUCAUUCCCGCCCUCGACGAGGGCAUCCGGGGCAUGCGCGUGGGUGGCGUCCGAGAACUCAUUGUCCCUCCGCACUUGGCUUAUCCUUCGAUCUGCGAUGACGUAAGCUGGCGGGACGCUCGGGACUCGUCGCAGAGCCCCGUCAGACGCGAGGGGCGGCACAGCAAAAAGAAAGUGGCGCUACAGGGUGCAGCCAAAUCUCUUAGAACCGUGUCAGUUUAG